GCAAACGCUGUCAAUAGUACCAAAUAAACGUCAAAAUUGAGUCAGGUGACGAGCCCUUGUGAGAAAAACACCAUUGAAAAAUAAAUUUGAAAAAUUAAACUAAAUCCAAAAAUAUGGCUCUUCACGCAGCUGUUAAGGGAAAAUUGAUUAGUGUUAUCGGGGAUGAGGACACUUGCGUCGGAUUCUUACUCGGGGGCAUCGGUGAGAUCAAUAAAAACAGACAUCCGAAUUUCAUGGUGGUCGAUAAGAAUACACCUGUGAGUGAAAUCGAGGAAUGUUUCAAGCGUUUUGUUAAACGCGAUGACAUUGACAUCAUUCUCAUCAAUCAGAACAUUGCUGAAUUGAUCAGACAUGUGAUUGAUGCGCACUCUGCACCAGUACCUUCUGUUCUUGAAAUCCCAUCAAAAGACCACCCAUAUGAUGCCAGCAAGGACUCCAUUCUACGUCGUGCUAAGGGCAUGUUCAACCCAGACGACUUGGUACGCUAAUGCUAAUAUGUUGCAUGUUUUUGAUGUCCGUUGACGGAUUGGCAUUGUAAAUACGCCACAGUCUCGAUAUAAACUAACCACUAAUGUUUAUCCAACAUUUAUCAAAAGUUUUCAGUGUGCAAUUGUUUAAUUUUUUUCAUAUCCAGCAUUUUUAAUACAUUCCAGAAAACAAAUGUUAUAUUUAACCAGCAUAUUUAAAUAAAACUAUAUAAUAUAAUGGAAUAAAUAAAUUAUUCAAAUACAAAGUAUUAAUCUUGUAUAAAAGUUGUUGAAUUGUAUUAUAGAUUAAAAAAA